AUUGUCGGUUGUUCGGCAAUCGGUAGUUGUGGUCGUAUUCCCGAUUCGCGGCCGAAGACAGUAACUCAGUACAGCGUCGAGCGGCAAGAAGCGAUGGCUGCGCGUUAAGCUGAAAGUAUAUUAUUUGAACAUCGAACGCGGCUCAAUGAAAAUUCAUUACGAUUGUCAUUGAUUAUUUUUAUUAAAUAUUAAUACAAAAGCGUUUGAAUCGUUUCGGUGAUAUAGUGCAGCUUUUACGUGUUUCGAAAUAAGCUAUUUGUGUUCCCGAAUUUUGUUUUGGUUGCGCGUUAUUUCAGACGUUUUGGAAGAUUACUGAAAAUGGAUUUAGAAUUUCGAAAUCUCACUUACACGGUGCAGAGUCGUAUAGCUAAAGCAACAAAAAAGGUUGUCGUCAAAGGUGUCGACGGUAAAUUCACGUCGGGCCAACUGGUCGCCAUCAUGGGGCCAUCAGGAGCCGGCAAGAGUUCCCUUCUCAACAUCAUAUCCGGUUAUCGUUCAGCAGGAGUGACUGGCGAGCUCCUUGUGAACGGUCAGCCUCGAGACGAACACCAGUUCCAAAGAUCGUCAUGUUAUAUCACGCAAGAAGAUCUAUUGCAGCCACUUCUCACUGUCCGAGAGGCAAUGGAUGUCGCCGCUAAACUAAAACUACCCAGAGGUACCAAAGCUCCGUCCGAAGAAAUACUCCAAGAGCUCGGACUCUUGGAGCAUCAGAAUACAAGGACCGAUUCACUUUCGGGCGGACAGAAGAAAAGGUUAUCGAUUGCGCUAGAAUUAGUUAACAACCCACCAGUAUUCUUUCUCGACGAGCCAACUAGCGGACUAGAUACAGUCACUACUACACAGUGUGUAAAGUUACUUAAGCAACUGGCUCGACAAGGAAGAACAAUCGUGUGCACCAUACAUCAACCAGCGGCUUCGCUUCUCGAAUUCUUUGAUCAGCUCUAUAUAAUAGCGGAUGGAUACUGUAUAUACCAAGGCGAUACGGCAGCUAUGGUGCCCUAUCUUGAAAGUGUCGGUAUGCCCUGUCCCAGACAUCACAACCCUGCCGACUUCAUCAUCGAAUUAACAGAGAACCCGGCUACUGUUAAACUAUUGUCGCAAGAAAUACUUAACGGAAAAAUAUACAAAACCUCCAAAAUUGACCAGAACUGUACGGAACCGUUGCCACAGAUGCAACUAAAGGUGUGCUAUCAAGCCGAAGACAACGCACCAGAAACAGAAAUUAUGCUGACAAAUGAAAAGUGUGUUUACAAAGUACAAUCAUACAGUAAUACAGCUUCUAUGUGUUCACUGAGUAGUCAGCUGUCCGGAAUCAAUAACUCCUCUGCAUGGAUGAAGAUUCAAAAGCCUUCCGAUUAUGAUAUAUCGUAUUCCACUUCAUAUUUUGAUCAAUUUAGUAUACUUCUCAAGAGGAUGUUGCUGCAGAUCUCAAGGAAUAGGCAAGGGCUUUGGAUCCAACUAUUACAUCACUUGAUGUGCGGGCUUCUGAUAGGAGCAUGCUUCUAUAAUAUGGCCAACGACGGAACAGAGAUGUUUAACCACUUGAAGCUGUGUGUGGGAAUUGUGAUAUUCUUCGCGUACACGCAAAUCAUGGUCCCAGUUUUAGUUUAUCCACAAGAAGUUAAAUUAGUGAAAAAAGAGUAUUUUAACUGCUGGUACAGCUUGACUCCAUACUACGCCGCGCUCACAGUCUCAAAGCUUCCAGUACAACUGUUUUGUAACAUACUGUUCUCUACAAUAGUUUACUUCAUGGCUGGUAUUCCAUUCAACGUAAUGAGGUUCAUAACGUUCUGUGCCGUGGGGAACAUGGUGUCUUUAGUCUCCGAAGGAAUCGGCUUGGCUAUAGGAUCAGUCUUCAACGUCACGAACGGAUGCGCAGUCGGUCCGUCAGCGAUAGCGCCAUUCCUGGGGCUAGGAGUCUACGGAUUCGACUUUGCACACCAGAUCCCGCUCAUCAUGAACAUACUGAUGAAGCUGUCGUUUAUUCGAUGUGGAAUCGUCGCCAUGGUCCUCACGGUGUUCGGGUUCGGAAGACAGCCUCUCGAGUGCAGCGAGGUUUUCUGUCAUUUCGCUAAGCCAAACGUUCUAAUGCAGUAUUUAGACAUCGACAAAAGCUCAGUCUGGAUGGAAAUCAUGUUCCUCUUAAUAAUCAUGUUAGUGUUCAGGUCGAUGUGCUAUAUCAGUCUCAGGUGGAGGUUUGCGACGUGAACGUGCUUAAGUCAAUAAGUCGAUGUCGAAAAUGAAAAUUUUUAAAGGCCGAUACCAAAAGCAAAAGCAACGAAAAUUGAUUGAGCUAUAAGAAAGCCAAUGUUUUAUACUUAUCUGGAAUACUGUAUUAUGUUACGUCUCGCGAUAGACCGUUACAAUAGCACUCCAAUCAGAAAGAAAUAAUAGAUUUAGAAAAAGUUUUUUUUUUCUAGUUAUAAAUCGGUCAUUGAAUCCGUUUGAACAAGGGAUGGUGGUGUGUUUUUAUCACAGAUUAGUAUAAAUAAUAGUUACUAUGUUUUUUAUAGGACUUUCUUUCUGUCACUAGACGUACGCGAGAGUGCAAGGAUAGAUAAUACAAUUAAAAAAAUCGUAUUAAUGUUUUAUUAACGCCAUCUGCUUUUAUAGAGUAUUACUAAUUAGAUGUGGUCUUAGGUAUCUAAUUAUAUGUUUAAAUGCCAAUGCUAUACGUAUUAUAUUAUUGAAAUGAGAAAUAUAAUUUCCAGUGUAGCGCUAAACGCGUGUAGCGGAUGAAACAAUGCCAUCUGGUUGAUUUUUAUCGAUUUGUUUUGCAAAUGCCCACGGGAUUAUGGAACAUAAGUUAUACAUACAAUGCUGUAGCUAUUUACGGCGUAAGUACAAAACUAACAUGACAUGUGAUAAUGACAGAUAAGUUGUUUAUUAUAAAUCUGUAAAUAUUACAUACGAAUUUAAAUUAUUAGAUAGUUAUGAAAGGCAAGUUAGGUAAGGACGACCCGUUGAAGGUCCCUGGAAUUCGCUGGACUCGGUCAACGCGCGCUCCGCUGUAGAGGCCUUGGGGAGUGGGAGUCCUCUGUCCAGCGGCUGAGGGCUUUUUUUUUAAGGGAUUUUAUGACCUGGUAACUGAGACCUUUAAGUCAUGUCUUAUUUUAAUUUAUAUUCAUAUUUUUAUGAAAAAUGAUAAUAUGGAGUGAAAUGAAAUGAAAAUGAUUUAUUUGAGACGUUAAUCAACUGGGAUGAAAUUAAAUGAAAUGAGAUGAUAUGGAAUGAAAUAUAAUCUUAGUAAAAUGGUGGUCAUUUACUAAGAUUUUUUCAGUGGACUUUUUGGAGGAUCCCGAGAAGUUGCGUCCAGCGGCUUUGUUUCAUUUUCCCACAUUUGUGCACUUUCACAGAUAUUAAACAGUUAAUAAACCACCGUUAUUACACAUUUAAACCUGAAGAAACACUAAAUAGACAAAAUAAAACAAAUCACACAACUUCACUCCUCGCGUUCCCGCCAAAAAGUCCUGACGGCUGUAGGCUAAUGAUCAUAGAUUAUACACUUAAUAUUGAUCAUAGAUUGUACACUUAAUAAUAUUGACUAAUGAUGAUGAUCUUACGAAAGGCUGAAAGCAAUUUCAUUCUCAUUCAUGAUUAUUUUGUAAGCCUUUUUCCGUCAAUUGUGAUUAAUUAGAGGUUAUUGAUAACAACUUACUUUGAAAUUUGUAGGCAUCGUUUAUAGUAUUACAAAGUUUGCUUUUUUCUUGUUUAGAAAGUAUUAUUGUAUUUAACCUCUAUUGUGAAAGUGAGUUUAUAAGGCAUCCCGUUAUAUUGAUACUGUAUAACUAACUGAAAAUUAACCUAUAUCUAUUUAACUAGGUAGCUAUCACAUAAAGUUAAAACAACUUUCUAAAAACAUCACCAAAGACGUAUUUGUUUCUACAUCAACUUAAUAGUAAAAUAUGUAUUUAUCUUGCCUUGAUCACAAACGUGUAUGAGAAUGAUAAUAGAUUUAUUUCUGUAAGUUUUGUAAUUUUAUAAAAUUCAAGAAAAGAAAAAAAAAAAAUUUAA